GUUCUGAAUGACGUUUCGUUCGUCGGCUCGGUUGUUGUGUGUUUAUUGUAAAUCGAAACAACUUGUUAAAUUUCUUAUAUUUACAUUUAUUUGAAGUUGAUGAGCAUUGCGAUACGAAAAUGUCGGAUAGGGACUACGCCCCCCUAAGCAUAGCCUGCGUCCGGGGCUUAUGUGAUAAGAUUUAUGAGAAAAGAAAAUUUUCUGGUGCUGAAAUAGAAAAGAUGGUGAAGGACUUCAACGACGCGGGCAACAGCAGCCAGCUGCGGCGGCUGCUGCGCGUGCUCGGGCAGGACCUGAUGGCCUCCACCAACCCCAACGUCAAGAACGGGGCGCUCAUGGGGCUCUCCUCCGUGGCCGUCGGGCUCGGGAAGGACAGCACAUUGUACCUGCCAGAGCUGCUCCAACCCAUCAUCGCGUGCUGCAGCGAAGCGGAGUCGCGCGUGCGCUACCAGGCGGCGGAGGCGCUGUACAACGUGCUGAAGAUAGCACGGGGCGCGGCGCUGGCGCAGUUCGCGCCGCUGUUCGACGCGUUGGCGCGCCUCGCCGCCGACCCCGAGCCGCAGGUCAAGCAGGGCGCGGAGCUGCUCGACCGCAUGCUCAAGGACAUAGUAACAGAGAGCCCCAACUUCGAGGUCUCCUCCAUCGUGGGCCUACUCCGGGAGCGCAUGUACACGCGCAGCGCGUUCGGGCGUCAGUUCGCGGUGUCGUGGGUGGCGGUGCUGGACGCGCAGCCCGGCGCCGCGCUGGCGCCGCUGCUGCCCGAGCUGCUCGACCCGCUGCUCAACAUGCUGGCCGAUCCCGUUCCCGAGAUACGACGCAUGUGCGACCUGCAGCUGAACGAGUUCCUGCGCGGCAUCAAGAAGCAGGGCUCGCGCGCGCCGCUCGCCGCGCUCACCGCCACGCUCAUCACGCACGCGCAGGCCGCCGACGAGCUCGUGCAGCUGACAGCCAUCACGUGGCUGAAGGAGUUCGUGGAGCUGUCGGGUCCCGCGAUGCUUUCGCACUGCAGCGGCGUGCUGCUGGCCGUGCUGCCCUGCCUCGCCUACGCCGACGACCAGCGGCGCAACAUCCGCGAGACAGCAGCAACAGUAAACUUCCAGCUCACGAAGCUAGUGGGCCCGGACACUCUUGUGGCGGGGGCGGGGGGCGAGGGGGGCGCGCUCGACCUCAAGGCAGUAGUGGGGGUGUUGGUGCAGAUGCUGCACCACAGCUCCGUGCACACUAAAGUGGCGGUUUUGGACUGGAUAUUGCAUCUGUAUAAUAAGCUGCCUAAUGAGAUGAUGAAGCUGUCGGAGGAGGUGUUCGGCGCGUGCGUGGGCGCCGUGUGCGAGCCCGCGCACGACGUGGCGCGCCGCGCGCUGGCCGCGCUGGCCGAGCUGUGCACCUGCCACGGAGACCCGGAGUCGAGCCCGUACUACUCGAUGCUGCUGCGCGCGCUGCUGCGGCUGCUGGCGGCGGACGACGCGCUGCUGGAGGACCGCGGCGCCUUCAUCAUCAGACAACUCUGCGUGCUCCUCAACGCCGAGGACAUCUACCUAGCCUGGGCCAAGAUCCUGGUGGAGGAGGCGGACCUGGGCUUCGCGCCCACCAUGGUGCACCAGCUCAGCACCAUCCUGCUCACGGCCGCCGAGCUGUACGAGCUCAGGCAGCAGCUCAGGAGCUUCGACAAGCCGGCCACGUGGCGGCUGUUCACGGCGCUGUACCAGUGCUGGUGCCACUCGCCGGUGUCGCUGCUGGCGCUGUGUCUGCUCACGCACAACUACGCGCAUGCGCACACGCUCAUCGCCACCUUCGGCGACCUGGAGGUGACGGUGGACUUCCUCACGGAGGUGGACCAGCUCGUGCAGCUCAUCGAGUCGCCUAUCUUCGCCUAUCUGCGGCUGGAGUUGCUAGGCGCAGACAGUGGCGCACUGCGCGGGGCUCUGUACGGGCUGCUGAUGUUGUUGCCGCAGAGCGACGCCUUCCACACGCUGCGCCGCCGCCUGCAGUGCGUGCCGCCCGCACCGGCCCCUCCCCCCGCGCCAGCCGCCGCGCAGGCCGACAUCGACUUCGCCUCGUUACUCGAGGAGUUCAAGCGGGUUCAGCACAGACACCGGCAGUUCAAGAUGGCGGACCGCGGGCGCGCGCGCUCGCUCAUGGACAAGGCGUAUCCCUAGCACGAUAGCUAGCAAGACUAGCGUCACAGAGACUACACUACUACAAUCAUAGAAUAACAAGUACAGUAUUACUAGUAGUACUAGUACUCGUUAUUCUAUGCUACAAUGCAAUGGGAGCUGAUUUGUUAAUCGUAAAGGGUUUAUACUUUGUUCAAUAUAGCAUGGGCCCUAUGGCAGCUGUCACAUCCAUACAUUUUAUUCGUCAUUUGUUUGUUUUCAAGGGAAAACUAGCUUAUUUAUAAGGAUCCGUCAGUAAAACGACAUAGGGUUCAAGCUAUAUUUUACUAAAAAGUGUGCACUUGCAAAGUUAUAAGAGACUAGGAAAGUAAUCAAUACUAAAUGUGACGCGUUGCGGAGA